ACAAUAACAUAUUCUCAGAGAAAGUAGAGAAUAUGGAACCAGUGGGUGAGAAAAGUACUGAAAAUUGUGGCAGUAAAAAGGAAAACAUUUCUGCAGUCGAUUUCAAAACUCCAACUCUACCAACAAAAUCUAAACGAAUCGAGAGAGAAAACGUCAGCACAACGAAAACGGACACAAUUAAUUUGGAAUCACGUGCAACUGAAGAAAUUAAAAAAGAACAGAUAAAAGAUACUCAGAAACUCCCAUCAAGUAUUCAACCCAAAUCAGUUAGCAAGUUAUCACCAGCCGAGCAGUUACAACAGUCUCGCAUUGCCAUUCCUUACAAAGAACCUUCUUGGGGUGGAAUCUGUGAACAAGAAUACAAAUUUGAAGUGAUAAAAAAUGGAGCCAUUAUUGACAACAUUAAGUUAGAUAAGACUUAUAUUGUGUUUGGGAGGCUGCCAAGUUGUGAUGUGCCAAUGGAGCAUCCCUCAUUGUCACGACAUCAUGCAGUGGUUCAGUUCUGCAAAACACCCACUGAACAACAGGAGAAGGGCUGGUACCUGUAUGACCUAGACAGUACACAUGGUACCUGGAUUAACAAAAACAAAGUGUACCCAAAGAAGUAUUAUAGAAUUAGGGUUGGGCAUGUUCUGAAGUUUGGUGGAAGUACCAGGUUACAUAUACUACAGGGGCCUGAAGAAGACAAAGAAGAAGAAUCAGAUCUGAGUGUAGAAGAGAUGAAACAACAGAGAGAAAAGCAGAAGAGAGAGGCAGAGUUCCUCAGGCAGGCAGAACUGGCAGAAGAAGAAAGAAAAAUACAAGAACUGAAAGCUAAAGAAGAGGCAAGAGGUUGCUCAUGGGGAAUGGGUGAGGAUGCAGAAGAAGAUGAAGCUGAUAAUCCAUUUGCCAGCAUCAUAAACACUGAGAAUGAGCAACUCUAUAUAGAUGAUCCCAAAAAAGCACUCAAAGGAUAUUUUGAAAGAGAAGGAUAUGAAGAACCAGAAUACAAUGUCCAAGAAAAUGGAACAGGAAAAUUUAGAUGCACAGUAGAAUUACCAGUGGACACCCCUACAGGAGAGCCUAUGGUGGCUGAGGCCAUUGUUUCUGGAAAGAAGAAGGAGUCUGUUAUUCAAUGUGCUCUAGAGGCUUGUCGUAUGCUGGACAGAAUGGGUCUACUAAGGGCAGCAACUCAUGAAAGUCGUAAGAGGAAGAAAAAGAACUGGGAGGAAGAUGAUUUCUAUGACAGUGAUGAUGACACGUUUCUCGAUCGUACAGGAGACAUAGAGAAGAAGCGGAAACAGAGAAUGCAGAAAGCAGGAAAAAUGAACGACCAAGUGGAAACUUAUGAAUCUCUGACAGAGAAACUUGACAACUUACAGAGAGAAAUAAAAGACAUUGAAGAAAAUUUAGCCAAAGCAAAGAAAGAGACUGAGGCAAUGCAGGAAGAAGGAAUGGAUGCCCUGGAUGCCUACAUGUCAGCCAUUAAAUCGGGAGUCAUGGAUACCAAGACAAAGAUGAAACUAAAGAGACAACUCCUGGAGCUGAGGAAGGAAGCACAGAAAUUACAGAAGCUCAUCAAUGUGGCUAAACCAGCAGCCCUGCCAGAACUGAAAAGUAACAAUGUGGCAGUGAAGGCAAGGGCAGACAAAGCCCAUUAUACAUUUGGCAGACUGAAGAAGCCACUUGGAAAUCCUAAGCCUAAGUCCCCUCCAAAGACACCCACUGAAAAUGAAGACAACAUUGUUGAGGAAGAGGAGGAAGAAGAGGAAAUCUCCAUGGAGAUCACAGACACACACAUUUCCUCCUCUGUAGAUACAUCAACCAAGACUUCAGGGACAGAAGGGCAGAAUAGAUCAAAUGGGACAGUGGAGGCUGAAUCAUUGACUAAAACUGUUAAAAAUGUUGAAAACAUUCAUAAGACCUCUAAAUCAGAGGAAACUGUGACUUUAUUAAAAGGUUCUGCUGUGCCUCCUACAGCAGCCAUAUUGAAGGGUCCUACCAUGCCUCCUCCUGAGCUGAGAGGGGAAGACAGCAUUAAAGGAACAGUAGAAGAGAACAGAAAAUCAGAGAAACAAAAGAAAAUUAAACCCCUUCCUAAGGUAAAAAAACAAGAUGUAAAACUUGGAUCGUCCUACUCAUCUGAGGAUCCAGACUACGCUGUGUGGGUCCCUCCAGAAAAUCAAUCAGGAGAUGGAAAGACAUUUCUAAAUGAAAAAUUUGGUUAUUGAUUUAACUUUUUUGCUUCCCCCCCCCCCACCCCCCCACCCAUUUAUGAAAAAUA